AUGGCACCAAAAGAGAACAAUUCACUCCAAGCUAUGGAAGACUUUUGCAAAAACAUGAACCAAUGGGUUGAUGGUGAGGGUGAACGUCGCCGUCAUGCCUUUAAUCUUGGGCAGCUGCUCUUGAAAGCAAACCCAAAUUCUAGGGGCAGAGAUGGUUCCACUCGUGGUAUAUUUAUUAUCGGCGAUCAAAGUUCUGCGAAAUCUACCACAGUAAAUAGUAUAAUUAAACAAGUUGCGCUGCAAAUGGGCGGAAAUACUGUCACUAAAGUCAGAACGUGGAUUGAGCAUCGAUACGAUCCGGAUUUGGAGCGUGCUGAGUAUGACUUAGUAUUACAAAGAGGAGAAAGAGGAACUGAAGAGCUCCUUCACGGUGGUAACCUGCAGAGAUUAUCCGAGCAAUUCACUCGAAUAAAUAAUAGCAUGGAUGAUACGGUGGAAGCUCGGAUUAUCAUUCGCUCGGACAUUCCGUCAUUCGCAAUAGAUUGUUGCGAUAAUCCGGGAUUGACUCCAAUAAACGAAACGAUACAAAAAAUAACAGAUAAUAUUACACGUAAAACAUUGGAAAGGGUUUUAGAACGUCAGAAAUCAAAAAACGAUAGUAUCGUGUUGUUAUGCGUUUCAGCACUGUUUUUUGAGAAUGCGUCCUGGCCACGUCAUAUGGACCUAAUCGAGCAAAUAAAUGGGGAUAAUUUGAUUGUCCUUGUAACAAGGAUGGAUCAGCUCAAUAUUCGGAGCGUUGCACAAGAAAUUAAAGACGAUGAGGAUAAUUCCGAAGAUAACAACCCUGAACUUACUCGCUGCAGCGCUUGGGACGUCCUUAAGUGUAUUCGUACAAAGAUUCAACGUCAAACCGGUCCUCGUUCGUUUCCAGAUGGCGUACAGUUUCAUUAUGCAGCUUCUAGCAGUGUUCGUUGGGAGGUGUUGUCUGGACCUAAUGGAUGGGGUGCAUUUGUAGCAUCAGAAACUGAGAACGACAAAAAGAUGCGUGAAAUUCUCGGUGUAUGUGAAGAUGAAACAAGACUCUUGCAUAAUGAACAAGCAUGGCGCGACCAUGGGAUUGAAUUAAUUCCAAUGAAUCCAAGACAGCGAUCAGAGUUCGAUAAAUGUGUCGGGAUGUCAAAGUUACAGGAAAGAUUACUCCAAAGGUUGCAUGUUCAUAUAUUAAAAGCUGCAGAAGAACUUUUAGACUAUACAGCUGAUUGGAAAAAAGCUGCAAAAAUGGAAUUAGAUAAUGUAUCAAAACGUAUGAAGCUUCCUGAUGAUCGAGCCGAGUUGAUAUCUCGGUUUUGCAAACAGUUUGUAUUAGUAUAUCAAACAUUGUUUGCUUCACCGUUGUAUUCUCCGACGAUUAAUGCUGACCCUUGGUUAAAGGAAUUUGGGGAAGGAAUCAAAAGGGGACAAGAAAGCAGUGUGGGAUACGGGUGGACUUCACGAAAUAUGUGGGAAAUUUUCGAAAGUUUAAAGGACUGCGAUGGAUAUGCAGAAUUUCCACCUCAAGAAUUUCGUGAUCAAAAAUUUAAUUCCUACAUGGAAGAUAUUGAUAGAUUCGUUAAACCUGCUAAUGAUAGUUUAUAUACAGCGCAGAUGUUAAUACAACGACUGACACAAGAAUACACCAUGCGAUCAACCUUGAUUCAUCUACGUGACCUUGAUGUUAGAACCUUCGUUCCACGUCAAGUACAAUUGAGAACGUCGACCCAAUUGAGUUUCGGACAGGCUGUAGAUCAGAAGAUUAGCGAGGACUACAGUCAGAUUUUCCAUAAACACGAAAAAAGGAAUUCUAGUGGUCAUCAUUCACACGAGAUACACGGAGGUAAUCAAUGGGUAUCUGUACUUGGAGCUUUAUGUUUAUUGCUGCAUGCAGAAUAUACUAUCCGUAUUAUGCGCGACACAAUAUUCUCUUCCUUGUUACAAGCACAAAGCGAUGAUCCUAUGCAUGGUAUUCUUGUUUCCAAAUUUGAACGAUACUGGAAAUUGAGAAAAGAUAAAAUGAUGGACCAGCAACGUGAAUACAAUACAGAAAGUCAGAUUGCAUCGAUAAUGAUAAGCAUCCGAAAGAAACAAGGUCCAAAAAAAUUUCUUUCAUCGAAGAAUAAGGUAGCACCCAUUGAAGAUUUGUCGUGGGCAAUCUAUGCGAUGUUCUUUGAGGACCCCUAUAACUAUUUUAAAAAGACAUUAGAUGAGCCCUUUCUAAUUCGGGAAUUUGAUGUCAAGGACAGUAUAGAUGCUUUAAUUAAUGUAGUAAAUCAAUUAAAAUCACAGGAUUCAGAAAUCGACAAUACAGAACUGUUAGGAAGUGUGUUAAACUCAGGAGCCAACAUAAUUAAUGGUGCCGUUGCUAAAAAGGGAAAGAAGACUAAUGAUGUCUUAUCGGGUGGUAGUGAGACGGAAUCUGGAAUCUUUUCGAACCUGUCGGAAGCGAUAACUGAGCGUGUGAGAGCCAUCGUAAUGGGCAAACCACCAAGCUCUGAAGAUAAAGUAAAGUUGUUCGUGAAUAUUGCAGAUAUGGGUAUGAAUCCAGAUUCGUUUCCAGAGACAGAGAGCAAGACAGAUAUUACUAGCAAAGAAGAAGACACCGUCAAUUACGUAUAUAGACGUCGUUUGACUAUGGGAAUUACGAGCAGUGUUAUCGACACUACUCAACAACUUGCUAAAUCGCAAUACGAGUACAGUCACCAGCAAACCGCGCCAACUUUACAACGUGAAUUGCUCGGUCGUGUCGCGUCUUUGAUGCUUGGAUAUGGAUAUCCUUACCAUCCUGAUGCUCGUCCUUCAUCCAAGUGGUAUCUCUCACCGAAAGUGAUUGUCCAAUUUCUAUUAGCCAACGAAGAUAUCUUUGUAGGCGAUAAAAACAUGCCAAACUCUCUUGAUGAUUGGAACGCUUUACUUGACCCUCGGAUAUUGGAAUCACCGAUUGUAAAACGCAUCCUCUUUUUGUGUAAUCCUACAGAAAACGAUGAUUACGAUCCUAGAAUAGUGUCGCAUUAUAUCAAGCAACUUGACAGGGGCAAACCUAGUGAUACGGAUGAAUAUAUAAUCGAGCUUCUUGCCGAUGACCGGUUUAACUGGCAACCUGAUCAAGAGAACCUAUACGGAAGAGUGGAUAAUUUAAAAAAUGAUAUAGUCAAAUUUAGUAGAUGGCAUGAUUAUGUCGAAGCAUACAAAAAAGUUGCAGAACCAGUUUUGCUACGUGAUGAGGACCUAGAACCCGAAAUAAAUUUUGAAGAGAAGGAAAUAAUCACUGAGCUUGACGAACUUGUUUAUGAAGACAACGAAUUUUAA